AUGACCUGGACCCUCAAGCUCACCUCCAGGCUGCUACAUGGAGUCUGCUGGGCUCCUGAGCUGAACGCCCCCCUCAACUCCCGAGGCCGGGGCUCAGCACCAAAGACCUUGACGGAGCUCCCAGGCCCCUCCAUGUUCAGCUUUCUGGCCGAACUUUUCUGCAAGGGGGGGCUGUCACGGCUGCACGAGCUGCAGGUGCAGGGCGCCGCGCGCUUUGGGUCAGUGUGGUUGGGCAGCUUCGGGACGGUGCGCACUGUGUAUGUGGCCCACCCUGCGCUCGUGGAACAGCUGCUGCGGCAGGAGGGACCUCGGCCCGAGCGCUGCAGUUUCUCACCGUGGGCCGAGCACCGGCGCCUCCACCAGCGGGCUUGCGGACUGCUGACAGCAGAAGGCGAAGAGUGGCAGAGGCUCCGCAGCCUGCUGGCCCCGCUCCUCCUCCGGCCCCAGGCGGCCGCGGGCUACAACCGGACCCUGGACAACGUUGUCCGUGACCUGGUGCGGUUACUGCGGCGCCAGCGCGGAGGCGGCACCGGACCGCCCGCCCUGGUUCGGGACGUGGCGGGAGAGUUUUACAAGUUUGGGCUUGAAAGUAUAGCCGCGGUGCUGCUGGGUUCGCGCCUGGGCUGCCUGGAGGCCCAAGUGCCGCCGGACACCGAAGUCUUCAUCCGUGCUGUGGGAUCCGUGUUUGUGUCCACGCUUCUGACCAUGGCGAUGCCCAAAUGGCUGCACCACCUGGUGCCCGGGCCCUGGGGCCGCCUCUGCCGAGACUGGGAUCAGAUGUUUGCCUUCGCCCAGCAACACGUGGAGCGGCGAGAGGCUGAAGCUGCCACGGGAAACCAGGAAAAGCCUGAGGAUGCGCACCUGACCUACUUCCUGCUCCGGGAAAAGAUGCCUGCCCAGUCCAUCCUGGGGAACGUGACAGAGCUGCUCCUGGCCGGUGUGGAUACGGUGUCCAACACACUCUCCUGGGCCCUGUAUGAGCUCUCUCGGCAUCCUGAAGUCCAGAUGGCACUGCACUCUGAGAUCACAGCUGCCCUGGGCCCUGGAGCCUAUCCCCACCUGCCAGCCAAUGCUCUGUCCCAACUGCCCCUGCUGAAGGCUGUGGUCAAGGAAGUUCUGAGACUGUACCCAGUGGUACCUGGAAAUGCCCGUGUUCCAGACAAAGAUGUCCGUGUGGGUGACUACAUCAUUCCCAAAAAUACAUUGGUCACUCUGUGUCACUAUGCCACUUCACGGGACCCUGCCCAGUUCCCGGAGCCAAAUGCUUUCCGUCCAGCUCGCUGGCUGGGGGAGGGGCCAGCCCCCCACCCAUUUGCUUCUCUUCCCUUUGGCUUUGGCAAGCGCAGCUGCAUGGGAAGACGCCUAGCUGAGUUUCAGCUGCAAAUGGCUUUGGCCCAGAUCUUGACACAUUUUGAGAUACGGCCUGAGCCAGGAGCUGCUCCAAUCAGACCCAUGACCCGGACUGUGCUGGUACCUGAGAGGAGCAUCAACCUACAGUUUGUGGACAGAUAGAGCUGUGGAAGGAAGCUGUCCUCAGCA